CUCCCUUCGCUCGGUUGCGGACUCCGCCCCCAACCCAACCGCUUGCUGCUACUUUCCGCCAGCCGGGGAAAAGGCAGCCGCAGCCGCAGCCAGCGACGCCUCACCCGAACCCCUCCUCCCCCGCCGCAGCGCCCGCCGGAAGGUUCUAGAGAAGGAGGGGGACGACGCCAUGGCGGAGGAGAAGGAGUCGACAUCGGUCCCGCUCAGCCAGGCGGCGGAGGCCGUCGACCCCGAGGACCCGGCCAAGUCGCCGCCGCGCCCCAGCUCGCCCACCACCUCCACCCGCAAGGCAUGCUGCGCUGUUCUUCAGAGUUGGGUAUCGAGAAAAUUUAUGACUGGAUGUGUGGUUCUUUUUCCUGUUGCUUUCACGUUCUUCAUCACAUGGUGGUUCGUUCAAUUUGUUGAUGGAUUUUUCAGCCCACUAUAUGCAAAAAUCGGAGUCGACAUAUUUGGUCUUGGUUUUCUGACAUCUCUGGCAUUCAUAUUUCUGGUUGGAAUAUUUGUUUCUUCAUGGGUGGGUUCAACUGUCUUCUGGGUUGGAGAAUGGUUUAUAAAGAAAAUGCCAUUUGUAAAGCACAUAUAUUCGGCAUCAAAGCAAGUCAGCACUGCCAUUUCACCAGAUCAAAAUACGACAGCAUUUAAAGAGGUUGCGAUAAUUCGACAUCCACGUGUUGGUGAAUACGCAUUCGGAUUUAUAACAUCAACUGUUGUUCUCCAGACAGACAAAGGUGAUGAGGAAUUGUGUAGUGUUUAUGUGCCGACAAAUCAUCUAUAUAUUGGUGAUAUAUUUCUGCUGAACUCUGAAGAGAUCAUCAGACCAAACUUAUCCAUUCGAGAAGGAAUUGAAAUUAUCGUUUCUGGAGGAAUGACCAUGCCACAGGUAAUUGCAUCGCUAGACCCCAUCCCAAGGAAGAGCCAGAGCAUCCGCCUAAAUAGAAUAAUGACAUGAGGAUGGAUCGCGAAUGAGUGGAUGGGACUCCACUGCUGUUCGUUUGUUACGUGUAAAAUGUCAAGGUUGGAUACGGGAACAUGAUGAACAAGCUGGACGGAAGCAUCGUAUCGAUGCCCUGGAAUACUGUUAUAUGGCACAUGUUGCUUUUCUCUGUGUUUGCUGACUGGUCCAAAGUGUUAACUUCUAUGUACUGCUGGUGUACAACUAGUGUGCCUGAUUACAUUCAUUUGUAAGAAUGAGAUGUGUAAUACCA